AUGGUAUCGUCGGGCGAUACGUUUAGUCUUGCGAAAGCACAGGCGUUCGAGGAAGCACGGCGGGGCUCGCCCAAGCUCGCUGCGCAUCCCCUGCAGGCCCUCGAGAUUCCGCGUGCGCGAUCGGUCGGCCAGAGCUGGCUCACGACGCCCUUUACGCUGGCAUGGAGUUUCCUGUUUUGUAUACUACAUAUUGGAAUUGCGCCGCUCGUGUCGUACUGGACGCACGCUACGCCGCUGCCGGUGGUCGAUGUGGUGCUGAUGAACGGCCCUGCGACGUGCGUGCCUGUGGUGCUUGUCGCGCACAUGCUGCGGUUCUUUUCCCUGCCCUCGCCCCGCCUCGUCUAUAUCGAGUCGUUUGCGCGUGUCCGCUCGCUCUCCCUCUCGGCCAAGAUCUUGCGAAAGAUUGUAGAUCAGUUUGUGGUGCAAUGGCCCUCGGCGGAUCCCAAGGCCAUAUGCUAUGGAGUGCUUGUAUAG